CAGAGUUGUGCGAUUUUUGCACUGCUAAUAGUCGACAUCCACUUCUUCGGUACGUUCCGUUUUCGGCAAACGCAACGCAAAAAACACAGGAUGCCGGCCUCUGUCUGCAUUUUAUUCAAACACCUUUCCUACACAGUCUCACGUCGUUGUCUCAUCCACGCAUCUCGUUCUCCCCUCACUCUCUUCCUCACAAGCCACAAGGCGAGGGACCGCUCACCAUGGGCCUCACGUUCAAUCACCGCAAAGCUUUCAACUUCUUCUUCUACUCCCACAAAUACAGAGUCCUUUACUUCUCCCUACCUCUCCGUCCACAUUCGCUGUCCAAAAGAUGCGGCUGAUAUGCUUUCAGAAGCUCUUUUAUGCUUUGGUGCUAGUUCUACCUCCAUGGAUGAAGAAGAUACCUUUGAGAAUUGUGACAAGAUUUUUAUUAAUACUAUAUUUCCUGAAGGCGAGGACGUAAAUUUGUGCAUUUCACAUGCUUCUAAUUCUAUAGGCAUGAAAGAAAUUCCUGAUUAUGAAGUCAAAAUGGGUGAGCAGUACAAUUGGAUAAAGAAAACUCAGGAAUCAUUUCAUCCAGUUGAAGUUACUGAAGGAAUUUGGGUUGUGCCGGAGUGGAGAACUCCUCCUAAUAUUCAGGCAACAAAUAUAAUUCUGAAUCCUGGGUUAGCAUUUGGAACUGGGGAGCACCCUACUACUAAGAUGUGUCUGUUGCUAUUACACAGCUUAAUAAAAGGAGGAGAACUCGUCUUGGAUUAUGGCACAGGCUCUGGAGUUCUCGCAAUCGCAGCCCUGAAGUUUGGUGCCGCCUUAUCAGUUGGAAUUGAUAUAGAUCCCCAAGCAAUUACAUCUGCACGCCAGAAUGCUGCUCUGAAUAACAUGACACCUGAUAAAAUGCAAUUACACCUGGUUUCUGGCAAAAGCUGCCCUCCUUUAAUGGAUGCAAAGACAUGUGGAGUUGUGGAAGAACAGAAGUCAAAUGGAAUGGGGAUCUCUGGAAGAGAGAAGUAUGAUGUGGUCAUUGCCAAUAUACUUUUAAAUCCUCUAUUGGAUUUGGCAGGUGAUAUUGUCUCUCAUGCCAAGCAUGGAGCAAUCAUCUGCCUCUCUGGUAUUUUAUCCCAGCAGCUUCCAUAUAUAGUAGAGCGAUAUUCGCCAUCCUUAGACGGCAUAUCAGUGUCGGAGAUGGAUGGUUGGGUCUGUGUGAGUGGCAGAAAGAUGAGAAAUCUUGCUGACAGCUGAGGUUGCUGCUCUGAUUAACAUGUUGAGCAGUUGGCAUAUAACGCUGAUCUUUGCUCUUCGAUGUCAAGCCCUUUGGUGUACGCUCGGUAGAUUUGUACAAGUUGUCCUUGAGUCUGAGUUGCUACUCACCAUUAAUUGGUGCUACAACAUUUACUUGAACGAUCUUGUUAAUUUAACAUUGGGUUGAGUGAACACCUGCUUUACCUGGACUAAAACGAACUGAUCUUUUUGACCUU